CUGGUGAUAUUCCAUUCAGAACAAUCCUUUCAUGAUAAUAUUACUGUCCUAUCCUUUCCCUUAUAACUCGCAUUCGUGAAGUGGCUUGGGUCCGCUCCUCCUUCCUUCCAUUCCCUUUCCAUUACAUCCGUCGCGAUCUGACGAUCGAUCGCCUACCUUUCCUUCCAUUCUCUCACUAUCCAGCUCAGUCCGAUCCUUCUUAUCAUCAAAAUGAAAUUCUCACAUUUUCUUACCGCCGCAGUGAGCGCCUUUGGCUUGGUGCGCUCAGGUUGCAGCCAAAUCGUCAGCCAUAAGCCCUCUGAGGGGGCGGGUAUCUCCUACAGCAUUAAUGUACCCCAGAAUACCUCCACGUCAGGGUCCGGUCCUAUCUACCUUCAGAUGAAGGCCCCUCCCGGCAUCAAAUGGUUUGCCCUGGGCCAGGGUUCCCAGAUGACGGAUGGGAACAUGUUCAUCGUUUACUCGGAAUCUGAACGCAACAUCACCCUGUCCACUCGAAGGGCGUCCGGCCAUGUCGAACCCUUGUAUGACUCGAGUAUUGAAGCCUACCUGCUUGAUGGGUCCGGUGUAGACGACGGCGUCAUGACCGCCAACAUCCGAUGUGACAAUUGCACGACCUUGGCCGGCGGAGGGAAUGCCUUGAGCAACUCCAGCUCCUGGAUGUGGGCCAUGACACACGGCCCCCCGCUGAUGUCCAGUAACGUAUCGGAGACCUUGUACCAGCACGACUGGCAUGGCACUUUUACCGUGGAUCUAAGCCAGGCUGUCGGUAGCAACCACAGCAACCCGUUCUUUGUUCCGGUGUCUGACUUGCUCAAAUUCCCACAAUAUAUCAAUCAGCAACAGGUCAGCGAUACCAUUCUUCACAAGAAGCGCAUUGCACACGGUGUGAUGACCUCCGUCGCCUUCGUCCUUCUGUUCCCCAACUUCGCCCUUCUUUUAUACUAUGUCCCGUCUCGACGUACCGUCCCGUGGGUCCACGCCCCUCUGCAGAUGUUUGCAGUCCUUCUGGCUUUGGCUGGGUUUGGAGUCGGGGUUUCUGUCUCGAAGGACCUCCAGGAGAUUGGGGGCUACCACCCCGUCAUCGGCUAUGUGGCCGUGGGGGGCGUUGUCUUUAUCCAGCCCGUGCUGGGCAUUAUGCAGCAUCUGCAUUUCCGCCGGACAGGGACAAGCUCUCUGUACGGAAUCUCCCAUCGCUACCUGGGACGCUUCUUUGCAGCCCUGGGAAUCAUCAAUGGCGGCGUAGGCUUUCAUUACGCGGCCGCCAAAAACCCCGAUAUCCCGCCCGCCUCCCCGAUCGCCUAUGGCAUAAUCUGCGGAUCGAUGUUCGUCAUCUACGUGGCCGUCAUACUCUGGCGGAGGUCGAAAUCGCAGCCGAAAACCCCGAAUAGGUUUGGACUGGCAUUCUUCCGACGCCGCCCAAACAAACAAGUGCUAGUCAAAUAUGACAACAGCAGCGACAGUACGCUUUGCGUCCAGCCAAGCAGUGAUGUCGAGGCGUCGCGGGAGAAGGCAUGGUUGCCAUGAAGGUUACACAGAAUAUCACGAUCGUUAUCAGCAUUUUGUACUACCAAGCGUACAUUU